AUGCACCCGGGGCGGUACAGCGGCUAUGUCACCGAGCCGUACGGCCCCUACAUCGCCGGCAUGGCGCGGCUGGGCACAUGGGGCGACCAUGUGACGCUGCAGGCGGCAGCUGAUGCGUGGGGCAUCAAGAUCUUUGUGAUAACGUCGUUCCUUGAAAACUGUGUCAUUGCCAUCGACCCCGUCCAAGAGAACCCCGCCUUUGUUGCACGCGCCCUGCACCUGAGCUUUUGGGCAGAGGUGCACUACAACUCUGUGUAUCCCGCCGGCGAGAAGGCCCGCCGCUCCCCGCGGGACCUGCUGCCCCGGGGCCUGCGGGGCGUCCUGGACGCAGGCAGGGACGUGGCCGCCAAGAUCAUCCCGGGGUGA